AUGGAUAGGCUCAUGCUUGUUGAUAUUGUCUAUCAUCACCAUCCAGACUCGAAUGGAGUGACUCACAGACCCACUCUGGUGCGGGAAGUUCAACGCGUUGGUCAUCAGAUUUUGCACCAGCAAAUCUUGCUGGCUGCAGCCGUGCAUCACUAUUGCAUCCUAGUGACCACACAAUGUGCUGUCACAUUCGAUGGUGUUUUGUGGCCUGAAGAUGAACACAGCCCGAGACCUGUGCAUCAUGGUUCAUAUGCCCAAGUCAUAGUGCCACCACCACCCACGCAUGACCUCCCCACCCAAAUGGCUGUAGAGGUUGUUCACCAAACCGUUGAGCAUGAGGACACACAAACAGCCCUCUUUGACCCAGCCAAUGCUGAUGAUGACACCGAAAAUGCAAUUGACACAGAUGAUGCCGACUCUGAUGACAUUCAGCUUACACAAGUGGCUGCGAAAUAUCGCAAUGUUGCCACUUUUCAAACACGUUUGCCUGCAGAUGCCGAUCAUCUUCCACAACGCAAGCUAAAGUGGAAACAUGAUCCACUUGCGCAGAUUGUCGAUGAUCCACCACCCCAGACUGGGCCCCGACCAGAUGAAAGUUCAGAGCCAUGCACGAGUACAACAUCGAAGCCGUCAUUGCCGACGCCUCCGCAACAGAGAAAGGUCACUGCCAACCCAAGCAGAACAUCCACCUUCAGGUUAACGAAUCACGCUGAGGCAAUUGGUGCAAUGCCCACGGAUGAUGACAGACCCACUCAUGCUCCACAACAUACAGGUGACCCAGUUGUAGAGCCACGCACUGCACGGUGCCCGAAGCAGCUCACCAUCACAAGCUUCUUCAGAGCGCCACAGGGUCAGAAGGUUCAAUCUGAAGCCAAGAAGCAGACAACCAUUGGUCAGUUCUUCAAGGUCAAGCCCAACCGAGAAGAACCUGAGCACCGAAGAUGCCUUGAUGUGUUGCCUUCUGCUCCCGACUUACCCAAGCUGGACUCAAUGGUGGUUCCAAUGCACAGUCCAGUCACACACACUCCGGCAGUGCAAGCACGCACAGGCUAUCACCAUGAAGCUGAACCCCCCACUUUUGAAGCGAGGGUCCCAGCUCAACCUGCUAACCCUGCAGUGCCACCACCAAGACCCAUUUGGCAUAUGGAGUUGAACAUCAUCUUCCUCGAGGAAGCCAUCACACACAGACGUGAAGUCGGACCUGAAUUGCCCGUGGAAGUAUGGUACGUGCAUCAUGCCGACAUGCCCAUAUGCCGACACCCCCGCCUGAUCAGAUUGGACGACAUACGUGAUUUGUGGUACGCAGACCUAUGCAAUGCUUGGUUUGACCAACUCCGCAGACACCAGCCGGUCAGAGUCCAUAUAGUCAAGCCGACACCGCCAUAUCAAAUGAGACGUCAAGCAGUUAUCCACAUCAUACUGGAACAAGGGAUGACCCCAGAGAGAGCCGCCAUUUUGCUCACUGUUGCCUUCCAUGGAGGCACCAGAAUGGGCCUCAUGCAGCAAGCAGAAUCAUCCCCAGUGGACACCUGCCCAGAACGCAUCAUUCAAGACCAUGGCCUGCAACCUCAAUGUGAUUUUCGUCCAUGCAACCUGUUCUCAGGUAGGUUCCGUUUUCACCACCACAACACUGAAAGAGUGCCCUCUGGCAUCAGCCUAUUGCUCGAUGUGGGGGACCAUAGGCUCCAAACACAGGCACAAUCCAGCACUGAUGUUCCCAUGCUUGUUGAGCCAAACGACACCACUGAAGUGGAUGAAGCAGACAUCAUGGAUGAUGCAACUGCGUUGAUGCAACGGCCCAGGUACAAAGCGUUUCCCAGACCAACAACAGGCACUGGUCAGGGCAUCCCACCAGCGCCUACCAGUUCUUCAUGGUUCACUAUCUCCCAGCCGAUUGCACCCACAGGUACCAGCCAACACCAGCCGGUCCAAUGGACCACCAUUCAGGUCAGAAACCUUGCAGAUUUCCAUACAAUGCUGCAGUGGUUGUCGAACCGUGCACAACAAGACCGUUGCCAACCGGAUCCUGGUCAAGCCAAAAUUGCCACUUGGUACCUGCAGCCACAAGUGAUGCCACGUAGUGACCACUAUCGUGAUGUCCUGUUGUCUGCCAACCCGUCCCUGUGGCCGAGUGAGGUCCUUCAGCGUUGGGCUGAUUUUUUGCAACCAUCCCAACCUGUUGACCUUUAUGUAGUGCAGCCUGAUCCACCUGGAGGAAUGCCCGAUGUUUUUGCCCAUGUUAUUGUCACCCAAAAUGCACCGCCUGACCAGGCAGCAGCACUAGUCUCUGUUACUGAACUGCUUGAAGACCCGUGGCACCCAUCGAGAUUUGCCCUCUUCUUGCAUAGCCCGGUAACUAGCGAUGCACUAUUUGACCAUGCAGGCAUUCCGCCAGACCAGGUUGCAGCCACACCUGGGCUUAGCGCCUACCAUGGCACAACACACAUACCUCAUGGAAGCUCUUACCCAGUGCACUCGGGUUUUGCCUUCGAAGUGGUCACUGACUCACUUGACUUUGAGGAAGAAGGAAGUGCUCUCCUGCAAAUCCCCCAUGCCUGGCCAGGAAAGGAACACCAAACCCCUGACAUGCCCAAUGCAGCUACUGACCGCAACAGCCAUGCUGUUUGCUGUGAGCAACUCCUGGAGUUCUUGCGACAGCUUGCUAUGGCCAUGCAGCAAAUCACCACAGCUCUUUCCUCCAGAACGGUGGUUUCAAUGAAGCACAUGCAGUCAGAGCCUCACCCAGAGGUAACACAACCCAGCCAUUCCUCACUAUGCAAGGUCCCCCCAGUUGAAGCUGAUGCCGCUCAUUGCACCACACCAAGACUGGGACGACAACCCGACACCCUGCACCGAUGGCAGCACCUAGCUGCCAUCAGACCCAAAGAGGCCCGUCCUAUGGCACCCAUCUUGACGUGGUAUGUGGAUCAUGAGCGCUACCCACAGUGCUUUGCCCCAAGAGAAGUGUUUGUCACUCGCCAUCCACAAGCAUGGAAGCGACUCAUCCUCCAAGCAUGGAAUGACCUUUAUUUGCCUGCCAAUCAGGUUGAAAUCGUCAUCGUCCAGCCAAAUCCAAUCAUGAUGGAAGAACACUUAGUAGCGCAUGUGAUGGUGCUCCAACAGCAAGUGCCAGGAUUCACCACUGCGCUGCUCACCACACUGGACAGUGCUACACCUGGCAUACACAGGCGCCUUGCCACCAUUGCCCCAGCUGAGCUUAGCAGAGCCACGCUACUUGCGCUAGCCUUCCAUCCCCAGGAAUGUGAGCAAGCAUACAACACCUGCGACACAUGGGUUGGGGAAGACGCCCUGGAUGAACAGGCGCCCAUGCAACUCUUGCCAGGGUCAUCAUGCACUGCUGCAUUGCACCGACAUAGGCCAAUACCACCAGGUCAACCAGACCCAUGGAAUAGCAGUACUCCCAAACACUGCCCAUAUCGAGUGACGCUUUGCUUGCAAGCAGCCCUUCCUGCGAAGGCACCACCAGCGCAGGUCAGUCUCGAUGAUGACAGGCCGCAAUUGCUUUGGUUUGCCAAUGAAGCCUGGAAACUUGCCCUUGAAGCUGAACUGCCAUUGACGCUUCUUCCCCUGCCUGAUGGGCUUGUAGUUCCUGAGCAAUCCUACUGGCCAUUGCUCCAACCGCCACCAUUGCCAGAUGCAGCCGACAUGACAUACACACUCUAUCUGGAUGGAGCGGCCAAUGGCCAGGAAGCAGGAUGGAGUGUCAUUGUGAUUGCGAGCAGCCACCAGCAAGAGGCUUUCCUUGGAUGCAUUUAUGGUACUGUACAGCUCAGCCCCCAGCACCCUGACUGGCUAGGGGCAACCACAGCGGACAACAUCUCUGCCGAGCUGUCGGCCAUGGUUGCUGCUCAAAACCUCGCAAUGCGAUGGUCCGGCAACAACCAAUUUUGUAUCCGACCUGACCUUUCGCUCAGCCACACCGUAGCCACAGCCUCAACCACAUGCAAGUCCAACCAGCCCCUUGCUAAGCUAUGUGGAGCUUUGGGUCUUUGGCUAGGCCCCAAAGCGACCAUCCAUGAAGUCAGAGGCCAUCAAGGGCAUGCCUGGAACGAACUAGCAGAUGCCGUUGCAAAGUGGGCAAUGCAGCAACACACUGACCCAAUGACAGGGCAAUUUGUGCAACUGCACCAACUUGCCACCAACCCACACGACGUGGAUUGGGUGUGGAUGCAAACCACGCAUCCUGCAAUUGCAACCUGUUUCCCACCGCUCAGUCAACAGCAGGUUAUGCACUUCACGCAGCCUACCACUAAGCUCGGCAUCUUGCCCACUGAACGCCAAAACAGCGACCAUCAAGAAGCCGGACUGAAAUGGGGCAUUAAGGUUUGUACAACCAACGUUCUAGCAGCAGAGGUCUGGGCCACACACACUGCAGGCACCAAACGUACCGGGCAAAGGACGGUGCGUCUUGACCAGCAAUGGCACCAAGCCAACAUUCAUGUCAUCGGCGUUCAAGAGGCCCGAACGCCACAAGGACGCUACAAUGCACCUCAUUAUCAUAUCCUGGCCUCAGGUGCCAAGUGCAAGAGGGCCCCACUCUAUGGGUGCGAAUUGUGGAUCCACAAAACUUUGCCGAUAGCAACAGACCCUCAAGGGAAACCCAUUGUACUCGGCAAAGCGAUCCUUACUGUCCAGCACGCAGAUCCACGCCGCCUGCUGGUAGAAGCGAAGAUCGGCCAAUAUGUUUAUGCGUUCAUUGUCCUGCAUGCCCCGAGCCUUGCCACAGCAGCACACGACGUUCCGGACCCCAUCGAAGCAGCCACGCAGUGGUGGGAUGAAACAGCAGCCCUUUAUGCCAAAUAUGUGACUGCUGGAGCCCAAUGGGUUUUCAUUGAUGCCAAUGCUCCCCUUGAUGAUGGGGAUGGCUUGCUUAUUGGACCUCAUGGGGCUGAACCAGCCAAUCAUGCAAGCGCACGGUUUGAGAGCUUCAUCCAACUGCAGCAACUGAUGGUGCCUUCCACCUUUGCCUCAAUCCAUGAAGGCCCCACCACAACAUGGACGCACAGCACAGGAAAGAAGAGCCGCAAGGACUACAUCCUCCUCUCCCAGGACGUAGCCAAGUUGGCUAGCAAAAGCUGGGUGGAAGUACACCAUGAUAGCACAUUUGCGCACGAAGACCACCUGCCGGUCGUCCUGCAGUGUGCCGGAUGGUUACCCACGUCCAGUACCCACCCAACCAUUGGAUGGGACGAUCGAGCCAUGCUGGACCCAGCCCAGGUUGAUGCAUUCCAGCGAGCGCUGCGCACACUCCCACUGCCGGCAUGGGACAUUGGGAUAGACGACCACGCUGCCCUGUAUGAGCAGCAGUUGCUGGCCCUCGGCCGCCAGUUCUUUGCACGCAAACCCCGCAAAGAACGCCCUAUCACCCUCAGCUCCCAGACAUUGGAAGCCAUUGCAUUCAAAAGGCAUGUGCUGGAUAUCGGCCGUCAAACCAACAGUAUGCACCUUGAAGACUUCAAGGUGGAACUGCGCAGCAUCGAAAAGACUGUCGCUCGUUUAGUGCGUGAUGAUAUCCAAGGUUUCUACAAUGACUUGCUGAAGCAGAUUCAGGCCUCUGGAGAAAUCUCCAACCACCGCUUGGUCUUUCGACUCCUCCAUAGGUUGGGCCGCAAGAAAGGUGCAGGAGCCAACGGGCCUCGGCCCUUACCCAUGAUCCAGAAACCUGAUGGUACCACUGCCAGCUCCUACCUUGAUCAGCAGCGCACAUGGAUGCAUCAGUUUGCAAGCAUUGAGGCUGGUGUCCCCCGUACUUGGGACGAGCUUGAGCAGCAGCAUGCUGCCUUGCACCCCUCCCAGCCCUGCAAUGACCUUGAACCAGCAGCCUUCCCAGGCCCAUGGCGCAUCCGCAUGCUCAUUGCAAAAUUGCACAGGGACAAAGUCCCGGGUCCCAACCUUGUGCCACCUGCGUUGCUUAAGGCCGGGGGUAGUGUAGUGGCUAAACAGCUUUCAGUCAUGUUCACCAAAGCUGCUGCAGGCGCUCAGGAACCCCUACAUUGGAAAGGGGGGAUCCUGAUCCCACUUUGGAAGGGAAAACUGGCGCCUCACCUGGCAGAGGGAUAUCGAAGCAUCUUUAUCUCGAAUUACACUACCAAACUUUAUCACCAGUGUUUCCGUGCCCAUUUGGUAGAUGCCUGGGAGCAAACGCUGACACACCUCCAAUGCGGAGGCAGGAAAGGCAUAGGUGCCGACGUGGCUCACCAUAUUGUACAAUGCCACCAAUCAUGGUGCAAAGAGAAAGCAGUGCCUUCCGCUGCACUCUUCUUUGACCUUAAAUCGGCAUUUUACAUGGUGUUGAGACAGGCCUUCACUCAGAUUCCCUCCCAUGAUGAUGCAUUCAUGGCAGCAAUGUAUCAAGUCGGGCUGUCCCCUGCCGAAGUUCACAAAUUGAUCACCAAUGCGGCAACCGAUGAUGCUGUCAAAGGGCUCCCACGCCACAUGCAACACAUCCUGCAUGACCUGUUGCACAAUACCUACUUUACAGUGCAAGGCCUCACUGAACCAUGCCAAACCACUCGAGGCACCAGGCCAGGUGAUCCGAUCGCAGACGUGUUGUUUAACCUCUGUAUGCACCUCAUCCUGACCGAUUUCCGUGCCACCAUGGAGCACAGCAAUGAUGUCCCGUGGUUAGGCCAAGCCAGUCCAGUCUCGGACUUGAGUGACAUCCCCAGCAUACCGCCCACAGGAUUCAUUGAUGUUACCUUCGUGGAUGACUGCGUGGUCCUCAUCCAUGGACGGUCCAACGACAGUGUUGCCAACACCAUGAAAGCCGUCGUUCAAGCCAUGGACAAAGCUGCCGCAACACGAGGGCUCAGCAUCAACUAUGAACGUGGCAAGACGGAGGCACUCUGGACCAUUCUUGGUAAAGGGGCCAGGCAGAUGAAACAGACUCUCCAUGAAGCCGGUCAAACCCUGCAGUGGGCACACGAAGGCAUUCAGUAUACGAUACCACUGUGCCACACCUAUAAGCAUUUGGGAACAUGGCUCCAAGCACACCACAAGCAUACCAGGGAAAUCCUGGCCAGGAGCUCGGCAGCCAAGCAACAGUAUGGACAGCUGGCCAGACCCUUUUUCACCAAAAAGUGUAUCACCCUGCCGGUCAAGAGCGCCAUUUUCCAAUCCUUGGUGCUCUCCAAGAUGCUUUACAAUGUGCACACGUGGACAUCCGUCACGCCCAAGCACAUGCAAACCUGGACUAACCACCUCAAAGCCCCCGCUGGCACCCUGCUUAAGGGGCUGCUGAUGGCGCCCACCAGAUUCAUGCAUUCCACUGAUGAAAUGAUGGCCUGCGCAGGUAUCCUCCCGCUCAUGGACCAAGUUCACGCCAACAGGCUUAGGUUCCUUGCACGGCUGCUUAAUGCCUGUCCCCCCAUCACCUGGGCGCUGAUGCACCACACCACAGGACAUCACUCCUGGAUGGCACAAUGCAUGGACUCGUGCCAAUGGCUGCUUUAUCACUAUGACAGCAAGCUUCCCCUGAGCACCUCAUCGCUCUUCCAGGACUGGGUGCAGUUUGUGCGACUGGACCCCAACUGGAAAGGCAGGGUCCGAAAAACAUGCAAGCUCGCCUUGUCGUACCAUCGGGCCAGAGCUGACCAUGCCAUUUGGCAACGGCACUUUGACAGCCGGUUAGCCACCGCAGGAGCCACCCUGCCCGACAAAAACAAGCCGACGCCAGCUCCAGAGCGUUGGCAAUGCGACCUGUGCCAAAAAGUGUUCACCUCCACCAGAGCACUAGCCAUGCAUGCGGCCCGAGGCCAUGGCUACAGGAAAAAAGUCAGGUACUUUGCAAUUGGAGACACAUGCCAAGCAUGUGGGCAAAAUUUUCACACAAGAAAAAGGCUGUCGGUGCACUAUGAAAAGCAGCACAAGUGCUAUGACAUAGUCACUGCCUGUUGGCCGCCUUUUCCCACCGACCUGGUGCAAAGCCUUGACAUAACCGACAAAGCAGACGAAGCGCUGUUGCGCAAACAAGGGUGGUGGGCCGCAAAAGCUUUCCAACCGGUACAGCAGACCCAGGGUCCUACGCUACCACCUGCGGGGUCUGCGGACGCCCAAGCCAUGUAUAGCAAGAUGAUGCAGAGACGUCCGAGCGACGAACUGGCCUAUACGCAGCUGCAAGGCACACGCAUCACAAAGCUUCCACCAACUGACCCACAGCUUUGGUGGACACGUGCCGACCUCCCGGCCUUCAUCAUGCAGUCGGUCAGCGGCAGAGACUGUGCCGGCGGUGCGUUUACAAUGCAAGGCCUUGCCAGAGAGACCGCCAUGCUCCACGUCCGAGCACUUGUUGUGGUGCACUUCUUCAGCGGAUUCCGCAGGAUGGGUGAUAUCCAUCACAUCCUCGACCACCGCACCAUGGAGACCGGAGCACAGGUCUUUACCAUCUCGGUAGAUCUAUGCAUGCAGCGGGUCAAUGGCGACCUAGCCACGCCCCAGGCCUCACGAUGGUGGCGAGAGCGAGUCCUUGCUGGACAAGUGGUGGCGGCUGGAGGAGGCCCACCAUGUGAAACGUUCACUGUGGCACGACAGUAUGAAGGAGGCCCCAGACCGUUGAGGGACGCAGCCCAUCCCCUUGGUCUUCCGGGACUCACGCUCAAAGAGUGGGCACAGCUACGUAUCAGUGACCGGCUCCUCCGCUUCCUGCUCGAUGUACUCGUGGCCCUUGCUCUCAUGGGAAUGAGCGGCUUUUUGGAACAUCCGCAAUUUCCAACGUGGUGCACCAGAGGCUCCCCGGCGAGCAUUUGGGCCACCGAAGCCCUCAUCAUCCUGAAGAACCUGGGAUGCUUCAGUGUGGUGAGCUUCGAUCAAUGCACAGUGGGCGCCCUGGGGAAAAAACCGACCACUCUACUUCUGCUGAGACUGCCGAAGGUGCGGGACCGGCUCUUGGGACGUGGCCGCUGUGGGCGAUGCAAUCACCCACCUGGAACACAUGUGGCGCUGAUAGGCCGCCAGGAAGAUGGCACGUUCCACACGGCCAAAGCCAAGGUAUACCCCUACGGCCUCAACAAGAUUCUGGGUGAAGCACUCUUCGACGCAGCAACACAGUGGCAACACCUCAACAUCGCCACUGACUUGCCGGCGGAGUUCACUCCUUAUCUGGAGCAGUCGUGCCAUGCCCCCGAGAUCGUACAACCGGUGGAGUACGAGUUGGACGAGGGUCUGAUCUCCUUCGGCUCCUGCCUGGAACGAGGCCAAUACGCCAAGGCGGUGGACCUCUUGGAGGAACUUCCACUGACGCCCGAGACAGAGGCCAUGUGGCGUUCACUGGCAGAUGCCUCCAUGGAGCACUUCAAUCUGCCGGUGGCCGAGCGCUGCUAUGCUGUGCUGGGCGACGUGGCCAAGAGCCGAUACCUGCACAAGGUGAAUCGCCUCAUCCAAGAUCAUGCUGAAGAAGUGGGCGGUGAUGGAUCCAGUUACUACAUGGCGCAGGCCAAAAUGGCCAUGUUGGCCAAGCAGUUCCAACGGGCAGAGGCGGUGCUGGGGAGUUGGGUAUAG